AUGGAGGUUUUGCCGACUUCCGGUGCUGGUCAAAGAGCCAACUCGAGUUUCGUCAUUUCUUCUGCGGUCACAGUACAGCACAAGUACACCCUUGGGUCAUCAUCAUCAUCAUCAUCCGUUGUCGCCGGCCGUCUUCAUGCGUCGCAUGUAGUCGGCGAUGUUGUGGUUGAGGCACUUGGCGGCCGCGUGCCACACGUCGUCCGACCCGUCGGCCACCUUGGCAAUGAAGCCGGCCGUGACGACGUCCAAGUCCGUCUCGUCGAUGCCCAUGCGCACGUGGCGGUAGGCGAUGCGACGAGCCACCUCGUCCACCAGCUCAAAGUCCUCCACUUAUACCUGGGUGAACAAGAUGACGUGAAUGUCCAGGGCCUUGUUUCCCUGCAGCUGGUCGCCGGGCACAUCCUUGAGCCUGGGGAACCUCGCCUUGUACUCUGGGUACUUGCUCAGGACUUCCACAAAGGUGGACCUGCCCAUGACCAGGGCCCUGGGCUGGACAGACGCCCAGGACUUUUUCAGUGCCUGCUGCUGCACUAUCCUUUCUGUUCAUUUUACUGGCUAUGCCAUGGUGGUCUUGUUCCUGUUGUGGGUUUGACGGUUCAUAAAAUCUUCACAAGGAGCAAACGAGCAUCGGACAAACUCACUCACAUUUUGUCAGUGCAUCCCAGUCAUUGUGAUGAUGGAUUAGCAUCAAGGAACCAGAAAGAAAUGGAAAGAGUGAAAAGCUUUCAGAAUGUGAACCUCUGGCUUCAAACACACCCCGAAAUGACUGAAGAACCCCAGCAUCUGCUCAACACACUCCCGGCGUCAUUAACAACC